GACGGAAAGGAGCGCACUCAACAGUCUGCGUGACUCCCAGACCGCAUCGCACCUCUGUCUCGCCUCACUUUUUUAAAGGAUAGAAAUUUAAAAUUUUUUAUGUGGGCAAAACAAAAUAUACAUUGCAGAUGUUUCUGUACAGUCAGCACUGCGCAGUAAGUAAGUUUCCUCUCUGAAACGCUGUGUAAGAAGAAGAAGAAGGAAAAAAAAAAAGCGCAGGAGAAGAGCGGAACUUUCAGAGGAUCUUCAGCUCGGAGUAACCGCGGGAACAGCGCACUGGUUUCUCUUCAGGAGGUCACGUCUUCCACCGUUUCUCUCUCAGCCUGUUUGGUGGUGGAUGUCAUGGUUUAACUUUUCCGUUCCAGCCCAGCCUCAGAGAGGAGCAGUUUGGGGGUGCCGGAGAGGGGGAUGCGAACCUCUCCUCCGUCUCGGAUAGCGGAGCGGCUAUGAGGAGAGACCUGCUGGAGUAACGCAACAAGACCACACCGCACCAACAGAAUGCGGGAACGAGGUCCUUGUAUUUGUGGAGUAGGUGUGUGGAGUCUCCUGCUGUCCCUCUGUCUGGCCUCCCUCACCCACGCACACAGGAGCCACACAGUGCAUGUGAAAGCAGGAACAUGUGAGGUGAUUGCUGCCCAUCGCUGCUGCAACAAGAACAAGAUUGAAGAGAGAUCUCAGACUGUCAAAUGUUCCUGUUUCCCUGGACAGGUUGCAGGCACCACCAGGGCCAUGCCCUCCUGUGUCGAUGCCUCCAUUGUAGCUCAGAAGUGGUGGUGUCAAAUGCAGCCAUGUAUGGAAGGAGAGGAGUGUAAGGUGCUCCCAGACCUCACAGGAUGGAGCUGCAGCACAGGCAACAAAGUCAAGACCACAAAGGUGACCCGAUAGUGCUACCUGUCUUGACAAGACAAGAUGGAACAAAAAGAUGGUGGAGUUACUUUGGGAGCAUGGUGGACCUAUCAGUAAUGGAGAAAUGCAGCCAGAGGGACUUUUUUAGUGGAUCCUGUAUCUGUUUCAUUGUUCUGAGGACAUCCAUGAAGCAGCCGCUGAAGAGACAGGACUCUCACGCUGCUUGCAUGAUGUGCCUGAGUGGUUUUUGCUUCUUUGCAACACAGGACUGCAUUACCCACAAUCCUCUGCUGGUACUACAAAGUGAACUAUAAUCUAAACACUGGAUAACAUGAUAAAAGCAUUGUUCUCGACAACAAGAACAACAACCUUGUAUUCUUCAUCUCUCUUCUUUGGCUUAGUUUUGUUCCAUAUGUGUAUACUGGGAAUGAAUGAGAUCUGGAUUUUUGACACUUGUCCUUGAUUACAGAGUUCACUGCAAAAUGGGAGUGGGUCUAUAAAUGGCAGCCUGAAUAACAAAUUUAAAUUUAACAUACGUGAGACAAUGCUGUUAAAAUGUGUCUGAGAUUUGAAAAUCAACCUCUUCCUGAUUCUUCAGAUUUCAUGACCAUGAGAACUUUUUCCUUGAGUAAUUUGAGCCCUACUGAAUGCCAUUUUUUUAAAUGGAGAGACAGUUAAUCAGUGUUAUAUUUCCUCUACUUUUUCCAUUGUUUUGACAAAGGACAAAAUUCUUUCAGGGGUUAGGAUAGACUAAUAACAAGUAGAUGUUAUCAUAUAUUAAAAUAUGUAAAAGUGUACAAAAAAAAAAACUUAUUGGACUCAACUGGGCAACAAAUAAAUCAAUGCUCUAAUGGUUUAAUAUGUGUUUUUAAACGCCUGUUAACUGCUAUUGAGUACGUGUGUCAGUAUUAAAUGAAAUAAAAUCUUUCAGAGGUAG